GAUGUAUUUGUGAUUGAUUUUGGUCUGAUGAGACGCCGCCCGGCGGCGACACCUUCUUUGGAAGAUCUUAUGGAGAAGGGGCAAGGGAAGAGUCAGCAGUCCCGGCUCUGUCUUCUGGCUUCAUUAGCUGCCUUCUUCUGGUUGGCAUUACUGUAUUUCCACUUUGUAGUUCUUGGAGGCAGUAGUGUUGUUGAUCAAUCCACCCAAGAUCUGAACCCUACUUCUUUAAACGCUCAACCGAGCAAUAAGAAUACUGUUUUACCCCAACAAAUUCAGAGUCCUCCACUCACUACUAGUCCUCCAAAAUCUCGAGAACAUCGUCCUGCAUUAGGUAAUAACAGUUCAAGCAACUCCCUUCCGGAAUCCGUUACUCAGCGGAGGACUGAUGUUUCUACUGGUCAGAAGGCGGAGAACUACCCAUUUAUGAGGGCUUUAAGAACUGUCGACAAUAAGAGUGAUCCAUGUGGUGGGAGAUAUAUUUAUAUACAUGAUCUUCCCCCGAGGUUCAAUGAGGAUAUGCUCAAGGAGUGUAAGACUCUUAGUCUGUGGACCAACAUGUGCAAGUUUACUAGCAAUGCUGGACUUGGCCCCCCACUUGAGAACGCUGAAGGGGUGUUCUCGAAUACGGGAUGGUAUGCAACUAAUCAAUUUGCUGUGGAUGUGAUCUUCAAUAACAGGAUGAAGCAGUAUGAGUGCUUGACUCAAGAUUCUUCACUUGCUGCAGCCAUUUUUGUACCCUUCUAUGCUGGGUUUGAUAUAGCUCGGUAUCUAUGGGGCUACAACACUUCGAUGAGGGAUGCUGCUUCUCUUGCUCUGAUUGAUUGGUUGACCAAGAAGCCCGAGUGGAGUAUCAUGGGAGGAAAGGAUCAUUUCCUUGUUGCAGGGAGGAUAACUUGGGAUUUUAGGAGACAAACUGAACAAGACUCAGAUUGGGGUAACAAGCUUCUUUUCCUACCAGCUGCCAAAAAUAUGUCCAUGCUUGUGGUGGAAUCAAGCCCAUGGAAUGCAAAUGAUUUUGGUAUCCCGUAUCCGACCUACUUCCAUCCAGCAAAGGAUGCUGAUGUGUUCAUUUGGCAAGAUCGUAUGAGAAAGUCGGAGCGGAAGUGGCUUUUCUGUUUCGCAGGGGCUCGCCGUCCAGGGGAUCCCAAAUCAAUUAGGGAUCAGAUCAUUGAUCAGUGCAAGAAAUCUAAGGUGUGUAAGCUACUGGAAUGUGAUUUGGGUGAGAGCAAGUGUCAUUCGCCAAGCAGUAUAAUGCAGAUGUUUCAGAAUUCCCAUUUCUGCCUACAGCCUCAAGGUGACUCGUAUACCAGAAGAUCAGCCUUUGACUCAAUUUUGGCAGGUUGCAUACCCGUCUUUUUCCAUCCUGCUUCUGCAUACACUCAGUACACCUGGCACCUUCCAAAAAAUAUUUCAACAUAUUCCGUGCUAAUUCCAGAGAAAGAUGUUCGUAAGAAUAUUGUCAACAUAGAGCAAUGGCUUAGUCAAAUAUCUUUGGAGCAAGCAAAGGCAAUGAGGGAGGAGGUUAUUAAACUUAUACCCAGGAUAAUGUAUGCUGAUCCUCGGUCUAAGUUGGAAACUCUCAAAGAUGCUUUUGAUGUAGCUGUGGAGGCAGUUAUUCGUAGGGUUACCAAGUUGAGGAGAGACAUAAUUGGGGGCCGCACAGAUGAUAACUUCAUUGAGGAACUUAGUUGGAAAUAUGCUUUGUCAGAUGAGGGGCCGGUUGAUUUGGGACCUCAUGAAUGGGAUCCAUUCUUCGAGAAACAAAAGAAGGGUGAAGAAGAUUCCAGUGGAUCAUCAGCAGAGGCAGCUAAAAAUUCAUGGAAGAUCGAGCAAAGGCAACAGUGAUCAUCAGGGGGAGGAAGAAUUUGCGUAUUUUCAGCAAUCUCUGGACACACUGGCUGCAGGUGAAGUGAUGCCGUGGUUAAUUGGAGGUCCGGUUGGAAGGUAUGAAAAUUUAGUUGGGCUAAUUGGGGAACCCAUUCCAGGAUCCUGGUUGUAAACGGAAAAGCUCACAAGGAUAGAGACACCCGUAAAUUUCUGCUUUUGCAGUGAAUAGGUAUUUUGUAGUUUGCCCUUAAUAGUUAUCGGUUUUCCUGUCAUUCUUUGUUAUGAAGUAUGGAUACGGCGGAUGAUGUUAUUCUAAUCUAAGGUAGUAGUAAUAAAAUGGCAACGAGAUAUUAUGGCA